AAAACUUACUGAAAUUUCAAAAUAUUUUACUCGUUAAAUACUGCCCACAUUAACUAUUCUUAAUUCGGGGAAAUAUUUUGUUAUUUGAAUAAUGUUCUAUGGAAAUCAAAUAAAAUUUUCGGAGCAUGUAUACGUAUUAAUAUAAGCAUUAUUUAUUACACUUGAAAUCGUCACAUUGGUUAAACUCUACCGCUCAUUCGUAAGGCAGAUUCCCUUGAGAAUAAUGAGCAAGAAACUCUAGGGGUAUGCUAUCGCGAUUAUUAUAACGUUUCAGAUUUUCUUUAGAUUACAUCCACAAUAUGAAAAUGUUCAGGAGGAAGAUUAAAAAGGCGAAAAAGCUUAAAUAUUUAGUUGUUGGAUUAAUAAUUGUAGCUACAGUGUAUUAUUGUAUGUAUGGGUUAAAUAAAACAAUUAAAAGUUAUUCGAAUAUAAAAUAUAUAUUACUGUGGGCACCUGCUGACAGGAACGAGUUAUUCAAAUAUUUGGAACACGGUCAAAAGACAUUCGACCAGAGAAAAUGUCCAAUUAGGAAUUGUUACUUAACAGAUAACAAAGCGCUUUUAAACAAUGUAACAAAAUAUGACGUCAUUGUAUUUAAUGGACCAGAUAUAUUUGGUAAUUACAACGUCUAUCCACCACUAAGGGCGCCACAUCAAAAAUACAUUUUUGCUAGUAGAACAUCGUCGGAGUACUGUGAAGCACCAAGCAAUAAAGAUGGAUAUUUUAAUUGGACUUGGACUUACAAAAUUAAUUCUGAUAUACCAAUGGGAUACAUAACUAUCAGGAAUAUAUAUGGUGAUAUCAUUGGCCCAAAAGAAGAGAUGCACUGGUUAAGCGUUGACGAAAUGAUGCCUGUAAAUGACGAAGUUUUAGAUAUAUUAGAUCGCAAAACUACAGCAGUUGCGUGGAUUAGCUCUAAUUGUCACACUUUGUCGGAAAGGGAAAGAUAUAUAAAAACUUUUAAUGACGAAUUAUCUAAGUAUGAUUUAGUAUUAGACAUAUACGGAAAAUGUGGGAGCCUGUUAUGUCCAAAAUUUCUCAUGCCUCAUUGUUUAUAUACAUUAGAGAUGGAUUAUUACUUUUAUUUAGCUUUUGAAAGCGCGUUUGGUGAGGACUACGUGACAGAGAGCAUUUUGCAUGGUCUGCAAAACUUUGCGGUGCCUAUAGUCUACGGGGGCGCUAAUUAUACGAGGUUUAUGCCAGAUGGGAUGUACAUUGAUGCAACUAAUAUGAGUGUGGAGAAACUGGCUCAGGAAAUAAGCGAUAUCAUAGACGACGAAGAACGAUAUUACAAGUUUUUCAAGUGGCAAAAUCAUUACUCUUAUCACUAUCCUGAAAACGCUCCUGAUUCUGAUCCCAUGUGCAAAUUGUGUGAAGCUAUAAAUAACGAAACACUGAUGAAAAAAAAGACAGUGAUUGACGAGUUUCAAACAUGGUGGAACGGGAAUGACACUCUUUUACUGAAUUGAAAUCUUUAUAAAAAUUAUGAAAGGAAGAUGUGCCAGACAUGUAAACUAAAUUCUAGAGUUUUAUUUUCAGAUAGUACAAAUAAUAAAC